AUGGCUAAACUUCCUGAAGUGGAACACAUGCAAAAAGAGCUUGAAGGGGGUUUAAUGCAUAAGAUGUCAGAAUUUGAGGAACGGCUGAAGACUGCAUUCACUCCAAGCAGCCCCACAAUUGUCCAGCUUCGGGAUGAAUACUUGAAUUUCAAGGAAGUUGUAAGUUCAUUGCUCAGCCUUAUGCAACAGCAGAUUCGACAGUAUGUCACAAACAUAGAUGCUAUCAACAUGCACAAUCGACGAAAAGCACUACUUUUCAAUGGAGUGCCGGAGUCCCAAAAUGAUGAUCCAGAGCAAAAGUUAUUGUCAUUGUUGCAUGAUAAGAUGGGACUUUCAGACAUUAACAACUCUUCUAUUAAAAAAUGCUUCAGGCUUGGUGUUAAACAUGGCAGCCAGCCAAGGCCUCUUGUUGUGUACUUCUAUGACCAUAAAAUUAAGACCAAGUUCCGCGUGGCGCCCCGCAUGGUUUUGCUGGACUGCUCCAAGCUGCAGCUGGGGAGAGGCCGGCGCGACGACUCGGUGGCGGCCUUCAGACGCCGUCUGGAGGUGUUCCGCGAGCUCAGCCUCCCCAUGCUCAAGACCCUCGACCAGCAACACAGACUCGUCAUAGUCGACGGUGACACGGACUCGCCAGAAGUGCAGGAGGAGUUCACACGGGUCCUGCUAGAAGAGAUGGAGAAAGCGGAAGCGAUUGCCGAGAUGCCACCUGACGGAGCGGAAGUGACGCAUGCGAGUGUACAGUCGCGCGCACAGAUCGAGCACACUACGGAGUCCAGCGCUCUGCAACAUCGUGCCGCCAACGGCCUGGCAAACGGAACCGGGCCUCUGCACAACGGAACCGCUCUCAACGGCUUCGUUGGCAACAACAAGAUUAAACCGAUAGUGAACAACGCGCCCAAGAUACCGACCAUCUCGCAGAUGACGCAGGACGACGUGAACAGACUGUACCGGCAGCACCCACGGGAGGUUUCCCUCAAUUCGAAUCAUAUA